CAGCUGCUGUUUACAUUUGCUUCUGACACAUCCGUGUUCUCUAGCAACCCCUGAUACAGACACCAUGGUGCACCUGAGUGCUGAUGAGAAGGCUGCCGUGGCCAACGUGUGGAGCAAGGUGAACUUGGAAGCUCACGGUGGCGAGGCCCUGGGCAGGCUGCUGGUGGUCUACCCAUGGACCCAGAGGUUCUUUGACGCCUUUGGGGACCUGUCCACUGCCGAUGCUGUUAUGAACAACCCGAAGGUGAAGGCUCAUGGCAAGAAAGUGCUGACUUCCCUCACUGAUGGUGUGCACCACCUGGACAACCUGAAAGGUACUUAUGCCAGUCUGAGUGAGCUGCACUGUGACAAGCUGCACGUGGAUCCGGAGAACUUCAGGCUCCUGGGCAACGUGCUUGUGGUCGUGCUGUCCCGUAAUCUUGGCAAGGAUUUCACCCCAACAGUACAGGCUGCCUUUCAGAAAGUGAUGGCUGGUGUAGCUACCGCCCUGGCCCACAAGUACCACUGAGCUCCCUCCUCUGCCUGCUUUCCACUUCCCAUGAAAGGUUCCUUUUUCUCCCUAGAACAUCAACUAAAUAUGGGGAAAAUGAUGAAGGACCUUAAGCCUCUGGCUUCUGCCUAAUAAAGAACAUUCACUUUCA